AUGGCCACCGCCAUUCAGAACCCGCUCAAGUCCCUAGGCGAGGACUUCUACCGCGAGGCCAUCGAGCACUGCCGCAGCUACAACGCGCGCCUGUGCGCCGAGCGCAGCCUGCGCCUGCCCUUCCUCGACUCGCAGACCGGCGUGGCCCAGAACAACUGCUACAUCUGGAUGGAGAAGACCCACCGCGGCCCGGGUUUGGCCCCCGGACAGAUCUAUACGUACCCGGCCCGCUGUUGGAGAAAGAAACGGAGGCUCAACAUCCUGGAAGACCCCAGACUCCGGCCCUGCGAGUAUAAGAUCGACUGUGAAGCACCGCUGAAGAAGGAGGGUGGCCUCCCCGAAGGGCCAGUCCUUGAGGCUCUCCUGUGUGCCGAGACAGGGGAGAAGAAGAUAGAGCUGAAGGAGGAGGAGACCAUUAUGGACUGCCAGAAACAGCAACUACUGGAGUUUCCGCAUGAUCUUGAAGUGGAAGACCCAGAGGAUGACAUGCCCAGGAGGAAGAACAGGGCCAAAGGAAAGGCAUACGGCAUCGGGGGGCUCCGGAAACGCCAGGACACCGCUUCCCUGGAGGACCGAGACAAGCCGUAUGUCUGUGAUAUCUGUGGGAAACGGUAUAAGAACCGGCCAGGGCUCAGCUACCACUACACCCACACCCACCUGGCUGAGGAGGAGGGGGAGGAGAACGCCGAACGCCACGCCCUGCCCUUCCACCGGAAAAACAACCAUAAACCCAAGAAGGCGCCUGACGGCACUGUCAUCCCCAACGGCUACUGCGACUUCUGCCUGGGGGGCUCCAAGAAGACAGGGUGUCCUGAGGACCUCAUCUCCUGUGCUGACUGUGGGCGAUCAGGACACCCCUCGUGUUUACAGUUCACGGUGAACAUGACGGCGGCCGUGCGCACCUACCGUUGGCAGUGCAUCGAGUGCAAGUCCUGCAGCCUGUGUGGCACCUCGGAGAACGACGACCAGCUGCUGUUUUGUGAUGACUGCGAUCGGGGUUACCACAUGUACUGCCUGAGUCCCCCCAUGGCGGAGCCCCCGGAAGGGAGCUGGAGUUGUCACCUCUGUCUUCGGCACCUGAAAGAGAAGGCAUCUGCCUACAUCACCCUCACCUAG